CAUCAACACAGUUAGUCAUACAUGAUGUAGAAAUCGAAGGUGGUGGGCUUGAUUUCGAUGACAAAGAGUAUUUUCCGCAAUGAGUCUAGUGAAAAACAAAGAGUAUUUUCCAUAAUAAGUCUAGUGAAAAACAAGUUGAGAAAUAGUAUGGGUGAUGAGCUCUUGAACCAUUGCUUAGUGACAUUUAUCGAGCGAUGGGUGUUCAUCUAGUUUAGGUGGUUUCUCUAGUUUCCCCCUUUAUAGCUUGAUUGGCGCAUUUCAUAAAUUGUAGAAAUACAACACGAUUAGAUCUUAUUAGUCGCUAGCCAACCCGUGAUUCUUCAAUCGUCGACCGACCCAUUCUAUACUUACUGCUUUCGUAUGAGAUACUUUUCAGAUUUUUGUUUUGGAGCAAUUGCACCUAGUUUUUGGCCCAGGGCUUGCUCAUAUCCUGGCUCCGCACACCUGGUGUACAGUCCUAUAGCUUUGGAAAUGCAUCCUCAUCUGACCCUACACAGGCAUCCUAUGUGUGCCGAGAUUAUUGAAGAAUUCCAAAAGUGCCAUGUGGAUCACCCAUUAAAAAAAUUCUUUGGGGAAUGCACAGAUCUUAAGAUUAAGCUAGAUCGAUGCUUUCGGCAGGAGAAAGCUGUGAAGCGGAAGGCAAACUUUGAAGAGAGCAAGAAAUUUAAAGAACAAUUGCAGGCUUAUAAAAAGGAAAUGGCUGAGAAAGACAAUGAAUCAUAACUUGCCACAGAGGACAAGGGCCUGAUUUCUAAUGCUUUGUUCUGCAACCAAGUGGCUUCCACUUUGCCAAACGAAAUUUGAGAUUUUACCUUAAAUCUUGUGUAGCACACAUAUUUACUGUUUAAAUGUUACAGUUGGUGAAGUAUAGUUUAUGGACUUGAAUUGGCUUUUUUAGAAGUUUGAAUCAUCUCGUGUGGUUAUGUUACUUAUGCCUUGUCCAUUUUCAGUAGCAUUGGAAGCUCUGCUGGAUAUUUGGACAACAAUUGUUGCUCUAUGUUGGUGUUGUACUGUGAGGAUUUUUUGUUGGAAACCCUAAUAAAUUGAAACAAUUUCAAGUAAA